UCCCACUCUCUUUCCCUUGAUUUCACAACCCCCAUUAAAUUUCCAGUUACCCACUUCCAUUUAUCAAACUAGUCAACAAUGGGAGACACAGCUUACCCUCAAUCCAAACCACCAUCUACCACCACUCCAACCACCAUAAAACCACCACCACCACAACCACCACCACAAACCAAAAACCCGAACCUAAACCGACACCCAUACCGUCCCAACCCAAACAUUUACCACCGUAACCGUCGCAAAAGCUACUUUUGCUUAAUCUGCUUCUGGUCAAUUUUAAUCUUAAUCUUAAUCUUAUUACUCGCGACUAUCGCGGGCUGCAUUGUAUACCUACUUUACCGCCCACACCGACCCACAUUCGCAAUAAGUUCACUUAAAAUCUCACACUUUAAUUUAACAAACAAUGCAGAUGACACGACUCAUCUGACAACGAACAUGAACAUAACUUUGUCGACAAAAAACCCAAAUAAAAAAGCCGUGUUUUAUUAUGAUCCGUUUGCGAUCACCUGUCUUACUAAAGACACACAUAUCGCAAACGGAUCGUUUAUUAAUUCUUUUACAAGUGACCCGAAUAAUAUUACUAUAAUUCGGGCCUCAUUGUUUAGUACAUCGUUACUACUAGAAACUAGUACUAGUAGACAAAUCUCAUCAGAUCUUAAAAAGAAAAGUGGGUUGUCAUUAAAAAUAACACUUGACACGGAAGCUAGAGUUAAGAUUGAAUCCUUAAGAACCAAAAAAGUCGGGAUUCGGAUCGAAUGUGAUGGUAUUCAUAGCCAGAUUCCGAAAGUUAGCGGUGGUGGCAACGGUGGUGGUAAGAAUAAGACGGCAUUGGUACCGCCGACCGCGGUGGCAGCUAAUGUUGGUGAAGCUAAAUGUGAUGUUGAGCUAAGGAUUAAGAUCUGGAAAUGGACUUUUUCGAGCUAGCUAUAUAUUUACAAGGUACACUAAUUGUAAGAUAGUGUUGGUGUUGAUGUGACUAUCUAUACUUCUAAGGGGUGUUUGGUAGGGUGGAAAUGGAAUGAGAAUCACUUCCCUUUUUGGUUACACAAGAUAAUGAAAAUGAAGAGGUAGAAGGGGAAUCAUUUUCAUUCUCAUGAUUCCUUCCAAAAUG